AUGGAGACUGGCCCUGCCGUGAAUGACGGGAGUGGCUGGGGCAUGGGUUGCUGGUUGUGCCACCACAUGGGAUGCAAGUCAGCCUUCGGUAAACUUCGAGUGCAGAGCACCGGGACGGUGGCAAUUCAGAACUUGCUCACACAUGGUGAAGGUAAGAAGCACAAGGCAGCUCUGGUUAAAUUGCAGGCUUCUUUGGAGGUCACUUCAAGGGACAUUGCCCCCGACAUCGAAGGCCAUAUUUCUGGCCUCAGCUCGCAGGUUCCGAGAGUAGAUCGCUUUGUGGCAGUGGCGACCUCUGUGAUCAAGUACGACACAUAUGAUUCGUACAAGGACCGACUGAGUCAGCUUUCCAUCCACUCAAGCCUGGAGGUGGGCGGCAAAGGCAGCCAACAGGAGUUCAAGCAGAUGGUGGCGUGCUUGGAUGGACCGCUGCAGGACCGCAACAGGCGUGUCAUCAAGAAAGCCAUCUGCUCCAGCAUUGCUCUGGAUAAAAGUGAUGACAAUCUUAUCAUGAUAGCCAGGGUCUUGAUCCCGGAAGGGAUCUUCGAUGCUAUCCUCGGCUUGGAGAGUAAUGUUGGCCCUGAUGUGGAGCAUGUGACCCAAGCGAUUGAGAAUAUCGUUCGUAGAGCCUGCGUCAAUCAGAAGUCACGCCGAGAUGUGAAGGUCUCUUUGUAUGAUUCCAAAGACGACGAAUUGGAUGAGGCGGCCAUGACGACUUUCGUACGGAGUGUCCGAUCCGCGGUGGCCGACGGUGGACCAGUUGAGCAGAAAGCUCUUUUCCUUUCCUCCCCGAGUUGCCAUGUCUUGGAGCAGGCCCCACGCCAAGGCACUGCAUACUUUCGGAACCUGUCCUUGAUUGACAGGGAUCGCCCUCAUCGGCACCGUAGCGUCAUUCGAGGAAUGUGGGGCAACCUGAAUAGCACGGUGCGUGAAUUCUUGGACAAACUCGUGACUGGCCAGCGCAGUUUGUGCAAAUUGAUCCAAACAAGCAAGAGGUACGCCACGUACUUCAACUUGGCACAGACUGGAGUCAAAAUCGAGGACUUUGGACACACGAUCCGCAACCUGUCCUACUCCGAAGUCCGCUUCGACUCGCGCUCUAGGCCGUUAUUUCGUCUUUUUAGACUCCUGCCAGUUGCCAUCGAUACCUUGAGAUUCUUGGUGGAGGGCGGCAACGACGAGGAACGUGCCUUUGCUACGGAGCUUUUGGCCUUGUUUUCUGGGGACGAGGGCUUUGUGAGAGUGAUUGGAGCUGCAGUGGCGGCAGAUGCCAUGGUCAUGGGGUGGCAUUACAUCCGGCUCGAUGAUCAGGCAGCAGCUGAUGCGAGCUUGAGCGGGCCACGGGCAGCGCAGCUGCUGCAUGAGAUGCGGCAAAUGCUCGAUGCCGGAGGACUUUUCAUGGAAGAGGCCAGCGGGACUUUAACACAUGCAGCCUUAGAGGCCAUGAAGAACCGCUUGGUUUAUGUCGGUGCAAACAAAGCUGUUGCCUUGGGUUGGCCAGCGGCAGAGGGCAAGCGUCGACGUCCUCGCACAAUGGCCAAAGAGACACUGAUUCGCAUUUACUUGAUAUAG